AUGGGGAUUCCUCGUCUUAUAACUACCCUAGAGCAAUAUGUUGUUCAUGGAAGCCUCGACGAUGAACACGUAGUCAUCGAUGGACCGGCAUUGGCUUAUCAUAUUCUGUACAUCUGCAACAGACAUGGUAUUCCUCAGCCGUCAUACGAAAUUCUCGGUGAGACUGCUGUAGCAUGGUUGGAUGAGCUCACUCAACGUGGUGCAGGCGUCGGCGCCAUAUACUUUGACGGAUAUUUACCACCCGGAAAAGAACCCGUUCGCAUGCAGCGAAUGAUCAAAAGCCUCAAUCAAUUGAAGGCCUCACAUUCGUCUGACACCAAUGGUUUCUUCCCGUCGUACUUCUCCGCUGCCAACGAGACUACCCCGGUCCUAUUCUCUGCAGUUAAACCACCAGGAAAAUCGGCCUUGCCACCCAGUUUUCAUGUCCCUGCUAUCAUUGACGCCUUAAGGUCUUCGCCACGCUACACCAAGGUAGUGAUUCUUGUUCCGGGAGAGGCGGAUGCAUACUGCGCACGGCAUCUGUCGCAAUCAGGCGGGACGGUUCUCACCUCCGACUCGGAUCUUUUGGUUCAUGACCUGGGCAAGGGAAGUGUCGUCUUUCUUCGCGACAUUUAUCUUGAUGAGCAGUCAAAUCUCGCAUGCGCAAGCUUCAGUCCUUCACAUAUCUGCGAGAAACUUAGACUUGCGUCUUCUGCUGAGAUGUGCCGAUUUGCUUACGAACGAAAACGGUCUGCACAUUCAACACUUCCACAACUUUUACAGGAGUGUGCACAACCAAUCACCGACCAAAUGGGUUACACUGAGUUCUGCCACGAGUAUCUAGACCAUGUAGUUGCACCAAUUCCCACCUCAACACACGGAAAAGUAAUAGAAAUCGGUUCACUGGAUCCCAGAAUAUCGGAGAUGGUAUUGCAACUAGGAUCUCAGAAUGGCCACAUGCACACUACGAGCGAUCCCAAAAUGUUUCUCCCUAUUCUGUUAGAGAGUCCUUUGCGAGGAAGUGCAUGGGAACAGAGUACGUCAAUUCGGCAGUUGGCUUACACAGUAGCCCGUUGGAUCAUUCCUGGUCCUUCUUCAACGGUUCAGGAGUACCGGAGGGUCAACACUCCGGUGCAGAAAGGACGACAGGUUCCUAUGUUACCUGAAAAAGAAGCAAAAGCGUGGUCUCAGAAGCUGAUCAGACUGAUGACUACAAUCAGAGCAGGAACUCAAGGCGACACAACUCAGGCUUGGUACAUCCUGUGCCUGACCCUUGAUAUACGAUAUAGCCAUGAAGAUGGCAAGCAUUCACAUUCACUGCAGACUUUGGAAGAGAGUUUGCAGACUCCAACUUUUAGGAAAAUUACUUGGGAUACUCUUCACUUUGUUGCUCAUUUUCAAGCUGCUUUUUACUCAUUUCGGCUCUUGAAACAGAUCCUCUCACUUGGGCAGCUUCAAAGAACCUUACCAGAUCUAAACGAAAUGCUCUUGUCAUUACCACCUCUAGUGGAGUUUCCUGAUGUGGAAAGAACCCUUGCAUUCCUGCAAAGAAGCAACCAAGACCAGGUUUAUAAGACAAUUUCUAGGCUUGUCCCAUUGUCAAAUGCCAACAUGGACGCAAAGCCAAAACGAACUGCCAAAGACAAGAAGAAGCGGAAGGUGGGGAAAGAUGAUGCCCCCAAAAGGCAGAACAGCUCUGCGAAGUCUUCGUCAAGAAACUUCUUUGAUGUGCUGUCUCAAUAG